AUGGGCGCCCUCUCCGACUACGUCGGGGCGCUCAAGUUCGCCAACGAGGCGGCCGUCCGGCGCGCCAUCGCCUUCGUGAGCGCGCGCGGCGACGCGCCGGGCCUGCUCCGCGUCCUCGACGGCCACCUCAAGGACCGCGUCGCGGAGGAGAUGCCCCCGUCCGCGGCCUCGUUCUGCCCCUACGCGGGCAUGACGUGGGCCUCCGGGCCGUGGGCUAGGAUGGUCGAGCACGAGGACGGCACGAGCGGGGCCACGCUCUUCGGCGAGGGCCUCGCGCUCGUCGCGGCGAUGGCGGACGCGGAGAUCACGCGCGUGCACGUCCGCGUCGCGGAGCCGAGCUCCAAGCUCGACGCGCUCUUGAUCGCGCUACACCCGCGUCCCGCGCCCUCGCCCGCGUCCUACGCGCGCUCUUUUGGACCCUCGCGCGGUCCCGCGCCGCAGGAAGCGGCCAUCGGAAGCGCGCUCGGCGUCGGCGAGGGGCACGGGUUUAACGAGGCCCACUGCGGGCCCUGGCGCUACGGCGACAACGUGCCCGCGUGGGUCUUCCUCGCCUGGCUGCUCAAGGUCGAGUACGGCGAGUGGCGCGUCGAGGACGCGAACUCCGGCGCACUUUUUGUGCUGCGCGAUGAGGGGCUGCGCGCGAGCUCGCCGGAGGGCCUCGCGGUCCUCGCGCGGUACGUCGACGCGACGUUCCACCUCGAGAACCCGCGCAUCGCCGACGCGGGCGGCGCGCGCGCCGUCACGGUUUCAUGUCUGCAGAAGGAGCAGGCCAGCUUCGCCGGCAAGCUCGGCAACAAGGUCAAGUGGGACCUCACGAAGAAGCUGCGGGCGGCCCUGACGGCCGUGGACCUCGUGACCUGCCUGUGCGUGCUCGGCGUGGGCGGCGCCGGCGGCACGUCGUGGCGCUUUGCGCUGUCGAACGCGCUCUGCCAGGCCGUCGACCGCGUCGGCCGCGCCGACGACGCGGCCGCGCGGCGCGCGGUCGCGCAGGUCUACACCAUCUUCGAGGUCAUCUACGGCGCCGAGGACGUCGCGGCGGCGAUGCCCGUGGGCACCUCGGUCGCCGCCGUCUACGCGGCGGCCAAAGAGGCCAGCGGCUACCUCGGCGCGGCGGAGCUCGCGGCGCGGCGCGAGGCGACGCGCGCGGAGCGCAAGGCGGCGCGCGCGGAGGCGGGGCUCGCGGCGCGCGCGGAGCUGAAGACGGAGGACGGCUGCGCGGCGGCCCUGGCGCGCGCGGAGCAGAAGAAGGCGACGGCGGCGCUCGUGACGGAGGACAAGUGCCGCGCCGAGGAGGCGGAGCGCGGCGCCCUGGACCUUGCGGCCGCGGAGCUCGAGGAGUCGGGGUGCGCCGCGCGCGACUCCGCGGCGGCGGCGUGGGCGCGGGAGGAAGCGGCCGUGGAGUCGGAGGCGAAGGUCGCGGCGCUGGAGGCGGCCCUCUGCCGCGCCAAGAUCGAGCGGGACGAGGCCACGCGCGAGGCGCGCGAGGCCCGCGACGGCGCGGAGGCGGAGGCCGCGCGCGUGACGGCGGCGUUGAAGGAGAAGGAGCGCGUCAAGGCGCGCACCGCGGAGGCGGCGGAGGCGUCGGCGGAGGCGGCGGGCGCCCAGGCGGUCGCGUGCGCGGAGUUCUACUCCGUCGCGCGGAACGUCGCCCGCGCGCGGAACGUCCUGCGCGACGCCGAAGGCCUGCGGCCGCUGCAGCUUCCGAGAACAGGCGCUCAACUGGACGCUGUGGCGCGGCGGGCCUCGAAGGCGCAGCAGAAGGCCGCCGCGCUGAAGGACGCGUCCGCGGCGGACGUCGCGCGGCGCGCGGCCGCAGCGGACAAGUUCGACUGGCUCUACCGCGUCGACGAAAAAAAGACGUGCGGCUUCUUCGCCAAGUCCGGCGACGGCCUGUGGAUUCCCUUUGCCACGAGCGCCGCGCUCGUCAAGGACGCGGCCUUCGUCGCGGCGGCGCCGUUCUUGGCAAACAAGGCCCCCGAGACAGCCUUGAGCAACGUGAGCAACGUUCUUAAGGGCCGCAUGGAGGCGAAGGGCCCCGUCGAGCUCUGCUACUGGCCGCCGGAGGAGGCGACGGACGCGCUCAUCGAGCUCGCCAACCGCGUGUUCCCGCGCAAGCCCACGAAGCGCCUCGCGGAGACCGCGGCGGCGGCUCCCGCGGCGGCGGCGCCCCUCCUCUACUCCUGCGUCCUAGCUGUCGACUACACGCACGACUGGCCCCUCUACCGCGCGGCCUUUGGGAGCUGCAACAAGCAGGACAAGCCCCAGCCGCUGUGGCCGGUCAUCGGCGCGGCGGCGCCGCAGCUGUGGCUGUGGACCGGCGACGCCGUCUACGCGCACGGCUCGGCGGCGGCCCUCGCGCGCGCCGUCGACCGCCAGCGGCGCAACGCGAACUACAGCGCGUUCGCGAAGGGCGUCGUCGUCGACGGCGCGUGGGACGACCACGACCUCGGCGUCAACGACGCCGGGCGCGGCGUCGCCGAGCUCGCGGCGCGGCGGCGCGCCUACGUCGAACUCUUCGACGACGCGGCGCGGCGCCGCGAGCGCGCCGAGGAGCGCCGCGGCGUCUACGGCUCGCGGCGCUUCGGCCCGCCGGGCCGCCGCGCGACCGUGCUCCUCCUCGACACGCGGUCCUUCCGCGACGACUACCUGCUGCCGUCGUGGAACGUCGGGUCCUGGUGCUUCGGCAUCCCCGUCCUCGGGCGCCUCGCGCCGCUCGCGGCCGCGGCGCUCCGCCUCGUCUCGGGGCUGCUCGACCUGCCGCGGCGCGCGGACUUCGGCGGCGACGUCUUAGGCGAGGCCCAGUGGGCCUGGCUCGAGCGGGAGCUGCUGGACGCGCGCGACUCGUCCUUCGUCGUCGUCGCGUCGUCGGUCCAGGUGCUCACGUCGAACCCGACGUUCGAGUCGUGGGCGCACUUCCCGAAAGCGAAGCGGCGGCUGCUGGCGCUGCUCUACGCGACGAACGCGUCCGGCGUCGCGCUCCUCUCGGGCGACGUGCACCACGCGGAGGUCGCCGCGCCGGCGCCGGGGCCCGUCUGCGGCGACGUCGUCGAGGUCACGUCGUCGGGGCUCACGCACGCGAUGAGCACGUCGGCCGUGACGAAGCUGCUCUUUCCGCCGCUCCUGCGCUACUUCCACGCGCACCGCCCGGAGCCCGGCGCCUACUACGCGGACCCGAACUUCGGCCGGCUCGACUUCGACUGGGAGGCGCGGACGAUGACCGUGUCCGCGCGCGACGGCGACGGCGCGGCGGUCCUCGCCGCGGAGAUCUCAUCGUCGUCGUCGCGCGGGUCCGCGUCGGGCCUCGCGUCGAGGCUCGCGUCGACCCAGCGGAAUACCAUCGGCGCGGGCGCGAUGGAGCUGAAGGAAGACGACAAGCUGAAGACCCCGCACGCCAUCGAGGCGGCGGCGGAGGUCGAGGCGGCGCGACGAAGUUUCAAGAAGAAGGCGAACCGCAACUCCGUGAUCAAGCGCCUCGAAGCAGCGUCGUCGUCCGGCGUCGACGCCGUGUCGCUCCUGCUCGUGCGCCGCCCGAAGGCGGUCAUCUUCGGCGUCAUCUUCCUCACCAUCCUGGGCGUCGGCGUCACCGUGGCCUGCAACUUCUCGCUGUCGAAGCCGACGGAGUACGACUGGGAGGUGCCCGACGACAAGUUCACGCUGCUGCGCGACAUGAUCGAGGACGCGAGCGACGAGACGGACGAGGCCGCGGCGCUGCGCGUGCGCGGCGACGCGACCUUCCCCUUCUACUUCAUGUACGACGCCGAGCCCAAGUUCCGCGACACGUGCGACGGCCCCGCGGGCAUUUUGACGGCGCGGAACGUGCAGGCCAUGUGCGAGGCCGAGCGCGUGUUCACGGGCCUGGACAAAUACCAGGACUACUGCGUGUUGGACACGGCCGGAGCGUGCACGCCGCUGGCCUACAGCGUGCUCCGGGUCUUCUACGACGGCGACGGCGCGGCGCGCUGCCCGCUGCUGAACCAAUCGGCCGUCGACGCGGGCUGGGCGACCAUGCGGGACCACGAGGCGGCCUACCUCUUCUUCGUCGACGCGGGCGCCUUCGAGCGCGGGUUCCCCUGCCGCGCGCGGAGCAUCGUCUACACGGGGAGCCCCUUGGCGGGGUACGAGAACCUCGCGAAGCGCAACGACAACCAGUACUGGCGCGCGGCGAACGAGCUCGGCGCGGAGGCCGAGGCGGACCUCUGGGACCACUACCACAUGGAGGGCCACUUCCUCAAGUCGCCCUACGACGAGCGCGCGCGCGCGGGCGCGAGCGGCGAGAAGAUGUCGGUGCUCUGGUUCUCGCCGCUCGUCGAGAGCUUCGAGUGGACGCGCCUGACGACGGAGGACUUCAUGGUCGCCUUCGGGUCCGUGCUCUUCGUCUGGCUCUACAUCUCGAAGCACACGGGGAGCUUAUUCGUGGGCAGCAUGGCCAUGCUCCAGAUCACGAUGUCGCUGCCGCUGUCCCUGUUCUUUUAUCGGUGCGUCUUCUGGAUCCGCUACUUCUCGUCCAUGCAGAUGCUCGUCAUCUUCGUCAUCCUGGGCGUCGGCGCCGACGACGUCUUCGUCUUCAGCGACGCCUGGCACCAGGCCGCGCCCAUCGCGGGCGACCGGCCGCCGGCGGGCGACGGCGCCGCGACGGAGGCGUACCUCCACCGGCGGCUCAAGUACGCCUACGUCCGCGCGCUCCAGAGCAUGAUGAACACGUCCUUCACGACGGCCGUGGCCUUCCUCGCCACGGGCGUCCACCCCGUCAUGCCCAUCUCGACGUUCGGCAUCUACGCCGCGGUCUGCGUCUUGGUGAACUACGCCCUGGCGAUGACGUUCACGCCGGCGAUCCUCGUCGUCCAGGACCGCCUGGAGCAGGCCCGCUGGUGCUGCUGGGGCAAGGCGCGGUGCCGGAACGACGCGGCGGACGCGGACCCGGCGCGCCACGAGGGCGGCCGGGCCGUGGAGGCGUACCUGCGGGUCAUGGAGGCCGGCGCGCCGCGGAAGCCCGUCGCCUGGGUCCUCGUGGCCGUGCUCGCGGCGUUGUCCGGCGCGGCGGCCUCCUUCGCGAGCCGCCUCGAGCCGCCCGCGAAGCCGGAGAAGUGGUUUCGGUCCACGCACAUGUUCCAGCAGGCCUUCGACCUCAGCGACGGCGCCUACGGGACCAACGAGGACAGGUACUACCACGCGCUCCAUUUCGUCUUCGGCAUGGACACGCUCGUGCGGAGGAAUUUCGAUAUCUACGUGCCCGAGCGGCGGCGGGGCCGCGUGCGCUACGCGGCGGGCUUCGACCUGUCGCCCGCGGCGUCGCAGGACGCGAUUUUAGCGUCCUGCGACCUCGUCGAAAACUUCCCGUGCUCGUCGGGCGCCUGCGAGUUCGGGUUGUUGGCGCGGCCGAACACGACGCUCUGCUUCAUGCGCGAGUUUCAGCGGUGGCACGGCGGCGCGUACGGCGCGUCGACCUACGGCCUCAACAAGACGACGUUCGACGCGCGGCUCCGCGUCUUCCGGGACACGACGGCCCCGGAGAACGCGGACCUCUACAGCUCCUGGUCCGACGUCAUCGGCUACGUCGACGGCGAGCUGCGCUACGCGCGCGUCGACGCGCGCGUGUCCAUGGACAACCUCGCGCCCGUCUCCGACAAGAAGGACUGCCUCGAGCGGUCGAACGCGCUGUUGAGCGACGUCCGCGCGCUCGCGCGGGGCGUCGACGGUUUGCCGAAGGUCUUCCAGUUCUCGCGGGCCUGGCUCUGGUAUAAAUGCCAGAUCGCGCUCGUCCACGGGCUCCUGGUCGGCAUCUCCAUCGCGUUCCCCGUCGCGUUCGUCGUGCUCGCGGUGGCGACGCAGAACGUCGUGCUGGCGCUCUUCGCCAUCACGUGCAUCGGCUGCAUCGUCGCGGGCGUGCUCGGGCUGUGCUUCCUCUGCGGGUGGUCCCUGGGCAUCCGGGAGAGCGUCGCGGGCGUCAUCGUCAUCGGCCUCGCGGUCGACUACACGAUCCACCUCGGGCACAUGUACGACCACGGCCGCAUCCACGAGAACCUGGCGACGCGCGAGGACCGGACGAAGUACGCCAUGCGCAAGAUGGGCCACACGGUCUUCGCGGGCGCGAUCACGACGGCGGGCUCCGCGUCGCUCAUGCUGCUGUGCCAGCUCACGUUCUUCGUGCAGAUGGCGCUGCUCAUCGUCUUCACCAUCUCCUUCUCCAUCUUCAUGGCGCUGCUCUUCUUCGUGCCCCUGCUCUGGGCCUUCGGGCCCCAGGGCGACCAGGGCAACCUCCUCCACAUCUGGACGUCGCUCCGCGCGCGGUGGGACCGCCGCGGCCCCGACGUCGGCUCGCUCUUCCUGCCGGACGACGAGCCCGACGACGACGCGGCCGAGUCCAAGGAGGACACGGCCGUCCCCGCGGCGCCCGCGAAGCACUCCGUGCUCAUGAUCGCCGAGGACCUGCCCUGCGGCGGGAAGACGCUCAAGGCGACGCUGCCCGCGGGCAAGGCCUGCGGCGCGUCGACGCUUUUGAAGCUCUUCGCGAAGCGCUUCGCGCUCGACUGGGCCGCGCUGGCCCUGCGCCCGCCCGAGGGCGCGCUGCUCCUGGCGGGGGACCGCGUCGUCUUCGGCGACGAGCUCUCCGUCUUCACGGUCGUCCUCGCGCCCGCGCCCGAGGCCGCGGAGCCCCUGAGCGCGCACGCGACCGUCGCCGUCUACGACGGCGCGGCGGGCGGCCGGGCGACGUUCCGCGUCGCGCGCUACCUGCGCUACGCCGCCGUCGCGCCGCACCACGCCGAGGGGCUGCAGGAGACGUUCGCCUUCGACGUCGCGGCCGCGGACGCGCAGACUCGGGAGCUCGCGGACGAGACGACGGCCGCGCUGAGCGCCGUCGUCGCCGCGAUCCCGGCCGGGGCGCGCGUCGAGCUCGAGUGGGUCCAGCUCGCCAUGCCCGGGCGGCCGCGGCGCGUCGUCCGCCAGGUGCAGAAGCUCGAGGCGCUGACCGAGGCCGCGGAGGCGGCGCUCGCGAAGCGGUACCCGGCGCCGCGGCUCAUGAUGCGCAAGGAGGAGGUCGCCAAGGGCGCCGUCUUCGAGCUCGAGGGCUGCACCUGCGCGGCGUGCGUCCCGCCGCCCGUCUGCGUGCCCUGCGCGCCGGAUAACCUCAUACGUUAG